CAUAUGGACCCGUCUGGAUUCACUCGACCUCGAUAAACUUCAACUCAUUUAAUGAUGUUUUUAUAAGGCUCUGGGAUCAAGUUCGUGCGAUAUAGCUUGUUUGUGCUGAUUAAUCACCAACCAACGACAUCGUCAGAAAGUAAUUUUGUGAAAACAGAUAAUUUGAUAACAUCUUUGAGGUGUAGAAGAUGACUUCGCUACUGAGGAAGAAACAUUAAUUCUGGAUUGUAAAAGAGAAUGAACUAGAUUAUUGAGAUUUUAUAGUUACAAUAAUUUAAAAACUAUGUUCCAUUGUAAGUUUGUUCAUGCUGUUAUGAAAAAUAGAGCAUUACUGUUAUUCAGAUAUGGGGCCAAUUAUAUGACCAUGUCUUCUAGAUCAAUACAUUAUUGUACUACAGGCAGUAUAAAAUGUUUGGUCUUUCAUUAUAACAGCUGUCAGUCUUUCCAUAUGAGGCAUUGUGUCUCUGAAGCAGCUCUUACUAACGCAAAGGAAAGAGUGACUACAAACUAUGAAAUACAGAUUGAAGAAACAAUCGACAAAACUUAUGAUUAUUACAAAAGUUGCGAUAUAAUGAUUGUUUCAUUAGGAAAAGAUAGAGUAAAAGACUGUAUCCAGCAUCUGAUUAAUUUAAAGUUUGAAAUAAAGGAUAUUGAACAGUUGAUGUUAACAUCACCAAAGAUUCUCCUUUCGGAAGACAUGUGUACACUAACAAAACAGUUUAGAGAGUAUGGAUUUUCUCCUAAACAACUGGUUCUCAUACUCAGUAAGUGUCCAGAAAUUUUAGACAUGAAUUUUGAAACAUUUUGUAAGAAUUUAGAAAUAUUUCGAAGGAUUGGGUUCAGUGAUGAUGUUCUUAUGGCUCUAGUUGUAUCCAGUCCAAUGAUCUUACUACUUCAACAGAAAGAUGUACUUCAACGUGUUGAUGAACUUAAAAAAUUGUUUUUGUCAAAGUCAGUUCUGCAGUUAAUUGUAAAGUCGCCUUUGGUUCUUUCAGAAGACAUUAAUGUGAUCCAUUUGAAAUAUGACUAUGUUUCUCAUGAAAUGGGAGCAUCACCAGGACAAAUGAUGCGUAGCAAUUUGUUUUCUCACUCUCUCGAGUAUAUCAAGUGCAGGCAUCAGUUCUUAUCUAGAGCAGGACUGUACAAAAAAGUCACCAAGGAUACAGGUGAAAUCGGCAAAAAUCCAUCACUUAAGGAAAUUCUGGACACAAGUGAAGGUAUAUUUGCCAAGAAACAUGGCAAAAUGACAGUAGCUGAAUAUCAAACAUUUGUAAAAAUAUUUGAAAAAGAGAUGAAUGCAGGGGAGGUUGACUGAAGUCAUUGAAAAGAGGAAAUUGAUUGAUUUGGUACAUGAAUAAUAAUAAAAGAUUCUUGUCAUUUUA